AGGUCGGCCCCAACUAUGACGCGUUCCUGCCUCGCAUGCAGCAGGGCGGGGGCGGCGCCGGCGCGUGCAGACGCCGCACGACCGUCGGCGAGGGAGUUGCCGUGGCAACGACGCGCAAGACGCGCAGCGAGCCGGCAGCGAAGCUUCCAGCGCACGGCUACCCGACCGAGCAUCCGUUCAACAAGGACGGAUACAGAUAUAUUCUCGCGGACGCCGACCCGCACGCACCCAACCGGCAGGAGUUUGAUGACAGCCAGGAGUGCGCGGGCCGGCCGAUCCCCAGCUACUUCUACCGCGGCGCUGUGCUGCCUCGCGUCAUCCUAGCGCCCAACGACCGCGCGGCCCAGCUCAAGCUCAGCGACGACCGCAUGACCGUCACAGGUGAGAAGGGCUACUGCCUGAUCCGCGCGUCGCACUGCGUGCGCAGCGGCGGCUGGUACUACGAGUUCACAGUGGACGACAUGCCGCCGGAGACUGCGUGCCGCGUCGGCUGGGCGCAGGCGUACGAGAACCUGCAGGCUCCGUGCGGCUACGACAAGUUCAGCUACUCGUGGCGAUCACGCAAGGGCACGAGGUUCCACAACAGCCGCGGCCGGCACUACAGCGCUGCGUACGGCGAGGGUGACGUGCUAGGCUGCUACAUCUACCUGCCCGAGCUUCGCGACCCCUCCGCGCUCGUCCCGGACACCGUCAAGGACAAGCCGCUCGUCAAGUUCAAGAACUACCUCUACUACGAGGACCAGCUGGAGACGCAGCAGGUGCUCAAGUCGCUGCGUCCGGCGCGAGGAAGCCGCGUCGUCUUCUACAAGAACGGACGCUGCCAGGGCACGGCGUUCGUCGACGUGCACGCGGGCUGCUACUACCCGGCGGUGUCGCUGUACCGCGGCUGCACGGUGACAGUCAACUUCGGGCCGUCGUUCCGCUGUCCGCCGCGCGACGGGGUGAGGUACCGGCCCGUGAGCGAGUGCGCGACAGAGACGAUCGCUCAGCAGACGCUCAGCGAUCUGCUGUUCUUCGUCGAGAACGAGGGCAAGCUGACGCUGGAGCUGUGAGUGUGUAUGUGCGUGCGUGUGCGUGUCUGUGCGUGUGUGUGUGUGUGCGUGGGCGCGUGUGUGCGUGCAUGUGCAUGUGCGCGCGUGAGUGUGUAUUUGUGUGGGUGUGUGCGUGCGUGUGUGCGUGUGCAUGCGUGCGUGUGGGUGUGUGCAUUCGUCUGAGCUUGUGCGUGCAUGCGUGCGUGCGUGCAUGCAUGUGUUGUGCAGGGCGGAGCUGUGGGGGAGUUUGUAUAACCAACCAUGUGCAACCUCUCUAGCAACAACUUGUAUGACGCAUGCAUCUGCGAAAUGCGUUCGCGUCCCAUAUAAUCCCUUAUAACCCUCUCUGUAACAGGCAAUGUACAGAAGAAUGCAGCAGAUGCUGCUUAGAUUUGCCUGAUGGCAUAACUAUGAUAGUCCAUCGAGUUCUCUUCGUGGCACCAAGUAGAUGGAUGGAGACAGGCAGUCCUUGGAAAGCCUGCAACUGCCACUGCAAUGAGAGUAACUCACUGAGGCCAUCUAAACUCAUAAGUUAGAAUUUGCUUGUUAUAUGCCUAAGCAGAGAAUCUAAUGGAAUUCUCAAUAUGUACCCGAGUGGGUGGGUGUUAUUAACAUUGAUCAUUGUAAUUUCAUUGUAAGUCCAUUGUGUGUAAUUCCCCGCAUACGUACGUGUUGACUAAUUAUGUUCGAUAAUCGGUACCCUUUGCGCCUGUACUGUUCACUUGACACUUAUCCUCGCUGUAAAUACUUGCUCACAUCAUGUCGGCCUAUUUGUCUCUGUCUCGCGUUUUCUAUCGACAAAAUUUAUAAAUAAAGUUUGCGGAACGAA